AUGGCUACCAGUUUCCCCUACCCAGAAUCAGUACAUUCCAAGCGACCCAAGACUGCAUCUGUAUUGAAGGCAUUCAUCCAUAAGCGCACUCCUUCUGAAGGAUCAACUCUCUCACCUGCGAACUCACCGGGUGACUUCUUUGUAGCUUCUCCAGCUUUUGAAGAUAUGCCUUCUCCGACAGAUUAUACCCACCAUCGCGCUCUCGCAGAUAUUCAACGAAAUCAACAAACUUCUUCCAUCCUGGCGCCUUACACCACUUCCCAAGAAGGACUUCGACCGAAGACUGGUAUAGGAGGUAGGGGUUUGCACAAGAAGACAUUGAGUGCGUUGUCUCUCAAGUCAUUGGCAAGCCCAGCGAAGGAUUACAGUAAAGGAACAUCAAUUCGAGACAAGUCUCCUACGAAGCCCAAAAAGACCAAAUCCUCGACAAGUCUGGUUGGCCUCCUUACGCGCCCGAAGUCAUCCAAGAACCUUAAGCUCGAUGUAGAGCUGGCACAACGCAAUUUAAAGGACAAAGAGAAUUGCACCCCGGAGCUAUCACCCCCUGUUACAGAAUCCGAUACACGUCCUCCACGACCAACAAUAUAUUCACAAUUCUCAAGCGAAAUGUUCACAAAGCAACCUCUGGGAGGGAAGUUUCUCGAGGAUCAAAUCGACCGUUAUACACCCGAGAACUAUUCACCAAGUAAACAACGAAACUUCUACAAUGGACCAAAUACACAACCGAGUCUUGCAAGCCGAGAAGGUGGAUCGAUACGGCCGCAUUCCACAUAUUUACCCAGCAGUUUCAGUAUCCAAGACAUUCAUAGGAAGUUUAGCGGGGACAGCAAGAACAGAUCCAGUAUUGACAUUCCAAGGCGACAAGUCUCGAACGAAAAGAACCAGAGUUGUGAUAUUCGGACUUCUGUCGAUAUAAGACCAAGACCAAGCUUCCAGCGAUCGAGCACCGAGAUAUCGGUUGCUUCCAUCAAAACGGCUAGCAGUACUCGAGGCUCUCGAGUCAUGGCGGCAGUUUCCAACUUCACGGCAAAGGCAAGGGGGGAUAGUGGAGGAUAUGCUCCAAUACAAACACCGACUUCUGCGACUUUUGGGCCCGACCGACCCCUCAAUGAUAGAGAAAUCGACGCCGAAUUCGAAGCUAUGUUGGACAGGCGGAAUAUUCCGGAACAUCAACGAGGGAAGAUGAGGAAUCUCGCCAAGUCGAUGAAGAAAGACUUCAUUAAACAAGAUUGGGCCGAAACGGCUGCCGCGAAAGUCUUGAGGCCUUCCAGCCAUGGUAGUGAUACAAGUGGAGAAAAUAGAAAGACGGAGGAAGCCCAGGAGUUGAAGAAGAAAAAGAGACCAAGAAGUCGAACUUUCACUCUGUCCAGAUCGACGAGUAAGGAACGGCCAGCCGACAAGGACAAAAAGUCAGAAGGUAUUGUUGGAAAUAGGAAAUCUACAGAGUCUUUGAAUGGGACCAGGUCGCUCACCUCUGCUGGCGCACAAGUAGCACAGAAUUUGAUUGCCAAGGCUAAAGGCUUGACAUCAGAUGAUUUUGUGGCAUAUAUGAGAAAGGUCCGGAAACCAGAGUUGGUGGAGGUUGGAAGAUUGCAUAAGCUCAGGCUUUUAUUACGAAACGAGACAGUGGCCUGGACGGAUAAUUUCGUUCGUCAAGGAGGCAUGGAAGAGAUCGUAGGAUUACUACAUAGGACUAUGGAAGUCGAAUGGAGAGAGGAGCAUGAGGAUGCUUUACUUCAUGAAGUUUUGCUUUGCUUAAAGGCACUUUCAACUACAGCUCUAGCUCUCCAACAUCUCAACAUCAUCCAAAAAACCCUCUUCCCUGCUCUUCUCCAUAUGCUUUUUGACGAGGAGAAAAAGGGGCCAGCCGAAUUUACCACCCGAAAUAUUGUGACUUCGCUUCUAUUCACUUACCUCAAGUCCGCUACCCUUAGCGAGCGCGCAACCCGAGCUCGAUUCCUCCUCUCAUAUCUACGCGAUCCGGAACCCAACGAGUCCCAACGUCCUGUUGAUUUCGUCCUCGAUAUGCGCCGUCAACGUCCUUAUCGCGUUUGGUGUAAAGAAGUUACUAAUGUCACCAAAGAAGUUUUCUGGAUCUUCCUUCACAAUCUCAACGUUAUCCCUCGUCCAGAUUCACGUCAUGCUCCAGAACCACUCAAUCAUCUCCCUCCCGAUCUCCCAUACAUGAUCAAACAUUUUCCACAAGAACUUCCUCCGGUUCCAGCUGCACCAUAUGUUGGAGGAGUUGAGUGGGAUGCAACUAAUUAUCUCGCUUCUCACCUCGAUAUUGUCAACGGCUGCAUUGCUUCUCUACCCACUCUUGAAGAACGCAAUCAAGUGCGCGACGAGUUGAAAGUCUCCGGCUGGGAAAAAUGUAUGGGUUCUACGUUGCGUUUAUGCAAGGAGAAAUUUUAUGGUGGUGUUCAUGCAGGACUGAGAUGUUGGGUCGCGGCUGCAAUGGAAGAUGGUUGGGAGACCAAAGAUGUGAGAUGUGGUCCCAGUGCUGAUAAUAGAAGUCCGGUACGAAAGACUGGUAGUCCGAAGAAAGUAGCCGGUGCACUGGUGGAAAAUUCUCCUCCCAAGAUUGAUAUGAAAUUGAGUUUUGCACAGAAUAGGGUUGACAAUGGGGGAGAUGCUUGGAUUUGA